AUGGAUGCAGCUUCGUCCCAUGGAAGUCUCCUCAGGAGGGACCCCCGCACCGACGGCUGGUCCUUGGUCGGCAAUGUGCAGUUCAUCGUGCUGCUGCUGUCGGCUUACGUUUACGUCGUCAAGAUCGGUGGGCCCCGCUUCAUGAAGCAUCGCCGGCCGUUCGACAACAUCAAACCCAUGAUCAUGCUCUACAACGCCUCCAUGGUGCUAGCCAACUGCUACUUUGCGGUAGCCUUUCUCACCAGGACCUACCUGGGUGGCGGCUACAACUUCAUCUGCCAGGGAAUCGACUUCGAAGCCCGAGACGAAGCCACCAUAAACCUCCUUGCCCAUUACUGGAUGUACUUUUGGGUUAGGGCCGCCGAUUUUCUGGAUACACUGUUCUUUGUGUUGCGUAAGAAGGAAUCGCACGUGUCCACCCUGCACGUGGUCCAUCACGUCCUUGUGGUUUUCAACGGUUGGUUCGGCCUCGCCUACGGUUCGGACGGACACGCGGCCUUUGCGGUGAUCUUCAACAGCUUUGUACACAUAAUCAUGUACAGCUACUACUUUCUGUCCCUCUUUGGACCAUCCGUUCGGAAGCACCUGUGGUGGAAACGUUACUUGACCCUGUUCCAGAUGAUUCAGUUUGUGAUCCUCAUUGUGCAUGUGGUGAUCCCACUGUUCAUCGACUGUGGCUACCCACGUUUGCACAUCCUCAUUGGGCUGCCGCAGGGCUUCUUCUUCCUCUACAUGUUCCUUCGCUUCUACAUCAAUGCUUACAUAGACGGCAGAAAAGCCGCGCAGGAUAGAGCCGCCAAAGCGAAGACCAAAUGA